AUGCUGCCACAAGACGUGGACCUCUCAAAGCUGGCGGUGCUCGAAGUUGAGACAUCUGUAAAUGCUGCGUCCGUCUUUCCGGCUGACUUCUGUAUCGCCGGUGCGGACCCCGAAGGUUUGCCUGCCGCAGCGCAUGUCACGCCAGGUUACCUGGUGGCAGCCUUCGCAGACUCUCCGUAUGAUGCGUCAGAUGCUCUUUGGACGUUGAGCCGAUGUUGGUGGUCGCUAAUCAAGGCAACAACCAGCCUGGUUACCCUGGUCUUCAUCACGGCCUUGGGUGGAAGCGGAGAGGCGGCGGAUGCCGGAGAUGAGAACAGCUACCUGGAGUUGCACCGCCAGUGUUUGAUGCAGUCCCCUGCACCUCUGAUCUUUGCUGCCCAGCGCGUUGCUGGAGGCAGCAGAAGACCCCGUCUGCUUGGUGGCUGGAACGUUUCCAAGUCGCAGAGAGACAAGGCCGCGGAGUGGAUGAACCCACGUGAAUGGGGAUGGAACGGGGGAGGCGGCGAAGGUGGCUGGAACCACCAGGGCGCGCCUCGAGGCAGAAGGAAGCGGGAUGGCUACGAUGGAUAUGAGCAGGCCUGGCCUGAAGAAGACUGGUCUCAGUGGGACGGUGAGUCAGAGGACCACUUACUGGAGAGCGUCCAGGAGUUUCUGUCGACAGGUCCCAAAGAGGUUCAGGAGUUGGCCUCCGUGUUCGCCGGCCGCUUCAACGCAGUGGUCCGAGCUGAUCCUCGGAGUGGCUACAGCCAUGAAAGAAAAAACGAUGGUAGUUUCAAAAAGUGGCUACUUGGUGCCGGCUUCGAGGCGAGCGCACUCUUCGACCGGAACAAGUGCCUGAUUUCAUUGCCGUAUUCAAAGCGGACGACCCGUGGCACCAGAGGUGGGAGGAAGAAUCGUGGUGGUGACCGGGGAGGUGCAGAGCACAUCGAUGCGGAGCAGGAUUACUUCGAUGCUCCGCAGGGAAUGUAUUCACGUGACGGACCCGGCAGAAGAGGUCCUGGCCCACCACCGAAGUGGUGA